AUGGCUUUACGUCACACCCCGCCUCGUGCCGCUUUUGUUGGCUGUCAGCAGCUGCACGAGACCACAACAACACUUCUUAUCGACUUUGCUUCUCUCCCAGACUGCGUCCAAUAUCCCGUGUCCGCCUGCAGUGCAUGGACAAGUGAAAUGAGCUGGGCAGAGGAGGACUGGACAGUGGGACUGUCAGGAAAAGUUCUGCAGAAAGUGAAGGAACUGCAGGUUCAUCAUGAACGAUUGUCUCGAGAAAACAAGCAGAAACAACUGCAGCUGGACAACAUUCAAACAAGUCUUGAAAAGCAGACUGCCAAGUACGAAGAGGUGCGAGUGGAGCUGAACUCGUCUCACAGAGAGCUGCAGAGGGUCCGGGACAAGGCCAAAGCAGCUCUAACAAGCAAAGAGCGUCUGUCUCAGGAUCUGCAGAGCAAACAAGCCCAAGUGUGCUCUCUGGAGGGCCAGCUGGACGCCGCACGCUCUCUCACCAACAAACUCACACAGGAAGUUAAGAGACUUGAGGCUGAGCUGGAAAAACUGCAGAACAGCAGUAGUGUAGAAACGACACUCUUCUCCACUCCCUGCUGGAGCACUUCGCCCUGGGAACCCAGCGGAAGCAGAAAGGAGGAUCGUCAUGGCAACAGAGAAGAAGGCAAAUCUCCAGGACUUCAUGUUCGGCGGCUGCAGUUUUCAGACAUGCCACCUGGCACGUCACCAAGGCAACAGCCCAGUUCUGCCCGGCGGUUGGCUGACGCCGCUCCCUCUGCCGCGUUUCCAUGGGAGCAAGAUGAUGCUCAGCCCUCGGCCCUGAGACCCUCCGCGGGACCAUCUCCCAGGGCAACCAACGGCAACGCUUUAAGUCACCAGGAGCAGAGUGUGAAGACAAACGUCUCCAAUCAAACAGACCCUGUAAAUGAACUCCGAAUCCGGUUGUCUGAUUUGGAGGAGGAACUACGGAGGGAUUAG